AGCGCAGCCCCGUCUCCCGUCUGUCCUGGAUAAAUCCACCGCUCCACCGUGGGGUAAGUCCGGUGGAAUGAGCGGCGUGGGUGACUUCGGAGGAGAUAAGACUGGUGAGAACGUCCAAACUCGGAAGGGAGCGGUCCAGCGGAUAACGAAGGCUGUCGACCGCUUCUCUCUCUCUUCCUCUUUCUCAUGUCCACGUUUGCCCUCUCCCCGCUCGCAAAUAUCGGCAUCAUUCGCUUGCAGAAGGACGAUAUUGCAUCAUCGGCCGAAGAUUCCGACCGGUCGCGGGUUCGGAUUUGGACGACGACAGAGGCGGUUGGAUUUGGGAAGAGCCUUAGCAGGAGACAGAAGCAGCCAGAUUCCCCGACAAGAAGCGGUUGGAAAGAGGGAAGAGGGUCUCGCUUGGUGGCCAAGGCUGGCCCUCCCAGCAAUACCACUCUGAUAUUCGCCUUCGUCUUCCCCCUCUCUCUCCUAGUCAUCACCGUUCUCAAUGCCAUAAGGAUAGCUGAUAAGCUCGAUGAGAAGUUCUUGGAGGAGCUUGCUGUAAAUCAAGCAAUAAUGAACGAGGAUGCUGCUGCUGCUGCUGAUGAUGAUAAUGGUGACGGAUAUGGUAGCGGACAUGACAGCAACCUGACUGUCUUGGAGGAAGAGGCUUCGGUUCCGCGUCUUCGCAACCGGCCAAAGCGACUUAUAUAGCUGUUUUUCUUUUCGAAAGGAAAAGAGUGGAUGAUAUCAUUAUGUGUAAUUGCAAUCGGAGAUAUGUAUUCUUCCAUAUGCUAGCAAGGAUGUAUGGACUUUGUUCUGUUAUAUCGGAAGAGCAUGAGUUGUAUUAGCAAGCAUAAUUGGAGGCCGAAACAAUGGUUUGCUUCCAAGGUUUCGAAGUGGAUUGAAGUAUGGGUCUUUAGCUCCUGCUUCACUUCUAAGGACUUGUUUAGCUGCAUAGCGAUUAAGGUUGCUCUUUUGAGGAGAUUUA